GACUGGCGGUACAAAUUUCUAAAUAAAUAAUUUCGACUAAUAUAAUUUUGAAUGUGUUUAAGAAUGUCUCCUGAAAUAAAAUGUGAUGAUUUGAUAUUGAAAUUUGAUUUGGGAGAACCCAGUAAAUAUGCCAAAGAGAAAGCGAAAGACGAACUAAGAGAAACCUCUGAAAAUAUUGAGCAAGGCUUGAAGGCCUUGAAAGCACUUUUAAAAGAUGACCCUAAACUAAUUCUACCUCUUGAGGAUAAGGAAUGGCUGCAAAUCUUUUUAAGACGUUGUAAAUAUUAUCCUGAAAGUGCCUAUAAAUUGAUCAACCGCUAUUUUAAUUUUCGCCAAAAAUAUUCAGAAGUAAAGGAACUGCUGAACCCCGGAAAACUCAAGCAUGUAUUUGAUCACAAUCAAGUGUCCAUAAUGCCCCAAAGAGAUCAAUUUGGCAGACGUAUAAUAACCAUGAUAGCAGGCGAAAAAUGGAAUCACAAACUUGUACAUAGAGACGAUUGCUUUCGUGCCGCUGUAUUAUGUUGCGAAGCCUUACAAUUGGAACCGGAGUCCCAAAUAAAUGGCAUUGUUUUAAUUUUGGAUUGCAAGGGCACCACUAUCGGACAAUCGUUAGAAAUGACCCCAGCCUUUAUGAAACGUCUGGUCGAUUAUGUACAAUACGCUAUACCGCUAAGAAUUAAAGGAUUUCAUUUUAUUAACACGCCCAGUCUUUGUAAGCCACUGUUUAAAGUGGCUAAACAAUUUCUAACACCCAAUUCACACAGUCGUUUGAUAGUACAUGAUUCCAACUUGAAGUCUUUGCAACGCUAUAUAGCUCCAGAAUGUUUGCCAAUUAGUUAUGGUGGUACGCUGAAUUGCGAAAUAGCCUAUGGCCGGCAGACCUAUGAAUUGUUAAUGCAUUUUGAGGAGUUUUUUGAGAAGUGUCAAAAGUAUGGUUAUGUUCAGGGGUAAAAUAAUGAAAUAAGAAAUAAAGAAAAUUGAUUUAUUAAUAUUAGGAUAACAAGAUAA